CACUCAACGGUCAAUUCCACAUUCAUCCAUUCCUAAUAAAAAGCUUCAAAAUUCUUCCACAUAAAUUUCAUCUGCAAUUCUUUCUUUCCAUCUCCAACAAUUCAUAUUUAAAUCUUCACAUAUUCAAAGUUGAAAGCUCCAUCAAUGGCUUCUUCCAACCUCCGGCCGCGAUCGUGUUCCUUCGCGAUCCUCCUCAUCUCCUUCCUGAAUCUCAUCCUCUUCAUCCUCUCCGCGGCCUCCAUAGCUCCGAUCUUCCUCAUAAAAAACCCGCCAACUUCAUCCCUAGCCUACGCAUUCCUCGUCGUCUCUUCCAUCUCUCUGCUCUCCUCGCUCGUGGGCUUUUGCUCCCAAUUUUGCCCCCGGGCCCACACCCCCCUCAUCCUCGCCUCGUCCCUGGGCCAGCUCCUCGCCGUGCUCACUCUGUUGGCCGGCGAGGGCCCGGCCCUCGGGAUGCUGAAAUCCCCGAGGGACCCACGGGAGGCGAAGGUGCUGGUGAGGUUGGAAUGUGGGGUGAUGGUGACCAUGUUCGCGGCGGAGGUGGCGGUGUUGGUGUUGAGCUGUGCCGUGGAGAGGUGUUGCGUGGCGCGAGAGUGCGAUGAGGGCGGGGCGGAGGCGGCGGCCAAGGACGAUUGGGGCACGAAGAGGAGCCAAUGGAUGGCUAAGGUUCAAGACGAGGAAGAGAUGAAGAGGAUACCUGCAAUGAGGGAUGUUGUUUGAGUGGAGAUAAGACUUCACACAAUAUGAACAGUCUGAUUUUGUUAUCAAAGUGGAUUAAUUAGUGUGCCUCCCCGGCCGCCUUGAGUAAUUAUUACUCCGUAUUACCUUAAUUAAGGCGCCGGAAAACAUGCCGGAAUCCACCUCUGUGCAGCCGGAAGACCCGUCCGUUUUGGUAGCGGGCUUCAACAUCCACGCGUUCACGCUCCAGGAGCUCCGCGUGAUCACUCAAAACUUCUCCAGUGCCAAUCUCAUUGGCGAAGGGGAAUCCAGUACGGUCUACAAGGGGUUGAUCGAUGAUCGGCUCAGACCCGGUUUGAAAGCUCAACCGGUCGCCGUUAAGCUUCUGGAUCGCUCCGGAAGUCCUCAUCAACGGCUGACAGAAGGUAUAUUGCUUGGACAAUUGAGACACCCACAUCUUGUGAAGCUGAUUGGGUAUUGCUGUGAAGAUGAGAAGCAUAGGGCUUUAGUGUAUGAGUACAUGCCUCGGGGUACUUUGGACAAUCACCUCUUCACAAGAAACUCGGAUUCGCUUCCAUGGUCAACAAGAAUGAAAAUUGCUCUUGGGGUAGCUAAAGGUCUGGCCUUCCUCCAGCAAACUGAGAAGCUCGUU